UCAAACGAGAAGAAGAAAAAACAAACCAACCUUAAAGUUUAACACGCUCGCUUUUUUGGCAGUCUUUAAUAAUAUAUUAGCAAAAUAAAAUAUAUUUUUAAAAAUGUCUAAAGUAAAAAAACAAUUGGCUGUUAAAAGCAAAUCAACUGUCUUGAAGAAAAAACUUAAAAGUAAAACCACGCAACCAAAAAUUAAAAAAACUAAAAUUAAAGUAAAAGCAGACAGUGAUAGUGAAAUCGAGGAUUUACUAAAUAAUGAAGUUUUAUCAGAGUCCGAGGAAAAUACUUCUUUUCAGCAGAAUACAGAUUCCGAUAGUGAUAACGAAGUAGACGAAAAUUUAUUAACGCAACAACACAAAAGCGAUCUUGAGAAGCUUAAAAAAACUGAUCCGGAGUUUUAUAAAUUUUUGCAAGAUAACGAUAAAAAAUUAUUGCAAUUUUCACUAUCUGAUGAAGAAGUUGAUGAGUCAGAUGGGGGUGAAGAAAAUGUUGAAGAUGAACUUGAAACACUACAUAAGCCCAAUGAAAAUUUAGAAGUUGCUAGCGAUGAUAGUGAUUUUGAAGUGGAAGAUAAUGAAAAGAAAGAGGAGCAUGUUAUAACUUUAAAAAUUAUAAAAAAAUGGCAAACCGAUAUACUUGUUGAAAAAAGCAAUAAAACAAUAAUUGAAGUGAUACAAGCAUUUCAUGCUGCGUUAAAAAGAGUUUCAAGUGAUGACGAAGAAAGUGAACCAGCUAAAUAUAAAGUAGAAGCUUCAUCUGUUUUUAAUGCAAUAAUACAAAUCUGUGUAAUAGAGUUGGGUCCUUCCAUAAGAAGAUAUUUAGGAAUCCAGCAUGGUUCUAAACAGCCUCCUCAUAAAUGUAAAAAAUUUAAUAAAAUCAAAGGAUCUUUAAAGUUAUAUCUAACUAAUUUAUUAAAGUUGUUGCUUGGAGUGACGUCAUCAAAUAUUCAAACAGUACUUUUAAAACAUUUACAUUACAUGUGCCCAAUGUUAAGUUCUUAUACAAAUUUAACUAAAUCUAUUUUAAAUAAGUUAAUAAAAUUGUGGAGUUCUGCAGAAGAUUCUGUUCGUGUUCUAGCUUUCUUCUGCAUAUUAAGAAUUGUCACUAGUCAAAUGAAAAGCACUUUGGAUAUGUGUCUGAAAUCAAUGUAUAUGGCUUAUGUUAAAAAUUCAAAGUUUGUCAGCGUUAAUUCUUUAGCUCAGAUAAAUUUUAUGAAAAGAUCUUUGGUAGAAAUGUUUGCUCUAGAUCUUAAUGUGGCAUAUACACAUGUUUUUCUGUAUAUUCGUCAGUUAGCAAUUCAACUACGGAAUGCUAUAACAACAAACAAAAAAGAGAAUGUUCAGUCAGUAUACAACUGGCAGUAUAUUAAUUCUCUUCAUUUAUGGGGCAUCUUGUUAUCUUUAACCUACACUAAACAACAAAUGCAGCAACUGGUUUAUCCAUUUAUACAAGUAUGUCUUGGAACGUUAAAAUUGAUACCCACCACACAGUACUUCCCUUUAAGAUUUCACGUUACAAAAAUUUUAAUAAACUUUACAAAAGAUACCAAUGUAUUUGUACCAAUUUUACCAUUUUUACUUGAGGUUUUAACUUCCUACGAUUUUGAUAAAAAACACCAAAAAGUAUCAAUGAAGCCUUUAAAUUUUACAUGUCUGUUAAGAGUAUCUAAAUCACAAAUUCAAGAAAAUGGUUUCAAAGAUACUGUUAUAGAUACAGUCUAUUCCCAACUAUUGGAAUACUUGUCAAUUAUAUCACAUUCUAUCAGCUUUCCUGACCUUAGUUUAAUUUGCAUGUUGCAGAUAAAACAGUUUCUAAAAAAAUGCAAAACAGCUAAUUAUACUAGAAAAAUGAAACAAGUGCUAGAAAAGAUUGAACAGAACUCACAAUUUAUUGAAACAGAAAGGUCUAAACUCACAUUGCAAUUAACUAAUGCCAAACAAAUUGAAGGCUGGCAAUCCCAAAUAAAAACAAAAGGUACUCCGCUAAGUCUAUAUUAUGAAACAUGGAGUAAGAUGAGAAAUACUAAAAAGAAUAAAGAAAUAACAAAUAAUGAUGCCUUGGCUGAUUAUAAAUUGCCAACAUUAAAGAAAGCUAAAAAGAAUAAUACAACUCCAAAUGAAACUGAUGGGCCGGUGGAACUAUUUCCUAGUGAUUCAGAAGAAAGUGAAAAUCCACUUGAGAAAAAAUCAAAAAGAGGUAAAAGAGGCGGUAAAAAUACAAAGAAAAGGAAAAUUUACCAGGAUAACGAAGAUCUAUCUGAUACUAUGGAUGUAAAAGAUGUUGUUAAGGAUAUAUCUGUUGAUGAUUGGUAAAAUAAAAUAUUUUAAUUUUUUACAAUUUAUA